UAUACAAGAUAGAAGCAAAAAUGGGACAAAAACACGGCGUUGACUCAAGAGGCAAAGGUGGAGAUGUUCCCGGUUCUUCAUCGGUAGGGCAAAAGCACGGGGGAGGAGUGAUCGUUCCGGGGUCAUUAUCACUUUUCGAUGUCUUGCCAGAAGAUUGCAUCUCCAACAUAAUCUCUUUUACAAGUCCAAGGGACGCGUGCAUCUCUGCUUCCGUUUCAAAAACAUUUGAAUCCGCGGUCAAGUCCGAGAUUGUAUGGGAGAAGUUUCUUCCGGAGGAUUAUGAAUCUUUGGUUCCUCCUCCAUCGCGAGUUUUCUCAUUUAAGAAAGAGCUCUAUUUCGCUCUUUGCGAUCAUUUUCUUAUUGAAGAUGGCAAAAAGAGCUUUUGGUUAGAAAAAGUGAGUGGUAAGAAGUGUGUGAUGUUAUCUGCAAAGGAACUGUGGAUCACUUGGGGGAAAAGUCCUGAGUAUUGGCAAUGGAUUUCAAUUCGUGAAUCUAGGUUUAAAGAAAUACCGGAGCUUCUUAAUGUAUGUGCUUUCGAGAUGGGUGGUGGGAUGAAUACGCGAAUCCUAUCUCCGGGAACACACUACUCAGCUUACGUUGUGUACAAGCUAAGGUAUCGACGUCAUGGCUUACGGGAUUUGCCUAUACAAGUUGGAGUUGGUUUUAAGGGACAAGAAAAACCAAAAAAAUUCAUAUGUUUUGAUGAGUCUACGAAUAUAAUCAAAGAGUGGCCAACGAGAGAGCUAAUGAAAUCAGAAAGGAGGAGAGAUGGGUGGAUGGAGGCAGAGAUUGGGGAUUUCUUCCAUGAAGGAGGAUUAUCGGGUUUUGAUGAAAUUGAAGUGAGUAUUGUAGACAUUACUUCCCCCAACUGGAAGUGUGGUGUGAUCAUUCAAGGAAUUGAAUUCCGGCCAAAGAAUAAUAGAUGAAUUGAUAUCUGUUUCCUGAAGUGGAAGAAUGUUUGAUGAUUGCCGGUUAUGUUUUUGGUUGAUACCUUUGGAAAGAGACAAAAAAAAAGACUUAUUUACAUGAUUUUAAAGUUUGUGGAUCACUGGAUUGUAAUGU